UUAAAUAUAAUACUACUCCCUCCAUUUCACAAUAUAAGAUUUUCUAGCAUUGCUUAUAUACAUAUAGAUGUUAAUGAAUCUAUAUACAUAUAGAUAGUUAAUGAAUCUAAAUACAUAUAUAUAUAUAUGAAUAUGACCAAUGAUAGAAAGUCUUACAUUGUGAAACGGAGGAAGUACCUCCGUCCCAAAAUGUUACAAUAUUUAGUUAUGAAUCUAGACAUAUUCAUAGCUAAAAAUGUUUAUAUUUUGGGACGGAGGGAGUAUACCGAAGAUAUCAACCAAACAGACCCGAAGAUAUCAACCAAACAGACCCGAACUUCUUCCCAUUGUGGAAUUUGCAAUCUUUUUUCCUCUCUCUGCCAUCUCCUUUACGGUGGUGGGAAAAAGAUAACAACUUGGGAAGAGGAGCGGAGGGCGCGUUUUUCGCGGAGGCGGUGGCGCAAAGGCGAAACUCCGAUCCCAUGGCCAGAGAAAAAAAGCAUUGCUGGUAGCGAGAGAAAAGAAGGGAAACAUAAAAGAGGGAGGAAAAGCUCAAAGCAUUGUAGAUUCCUUCGACCCAGGUAGUAGCUGCUAGCUGCGAGUGUGUUGCAUUGCAUUGCACUGCUGCUGCUUCACUCCACUGCGCACUGGGAGGAGUAGUAGUAGAAAGCAAGAAGCAGCAGCUGUAGCUGUCUCCCUUUCUUUUCAUCCUCCUUUGUUCUUGCUCCUCUUUGCACGCAAAGAAUCGGUAGCCGCCUUUGUUUGCUGCUCUCUGAAAUCUCUCUGAGUUUUGUGCUUUCACUGCACUGUUCUGGUUCUUGGACUCCCUGUUCUUGGUUCCUGCAUUUCUUUUCUUUUUUGCCUUUGUUUGUCCCAUUUUUGUUGGGUUCUUGGAGGUGGUGGAGGAUGGCCGGAGGAGGGGCGGCGCCGCCGCCGAAGCAGGAGGAGUUGCAGCCUCACCAGGUGAAGGACCAGCUGCCCAGCGUGUCCUACUGCAUCACCAGCCCACCGCCAUGGCCUGAGGCCGUCAUACUUGGAUUCCAGCACUACAUUGUGAUGCUGGGCACAUCAGUGAUUAUUCCCAGUGCUCUUGUUCCCCAGAUGGGAGGUGGAAAUGAGGAGAAGGCUCGGGUGAUUCAGACGCUGCUGUUCGUUGCCGGGAUAAACACCCUCUGCCAAUCGUUCUUCGGGACUCGUCUUCCAGCUGUGAUGGGAGGAUCGUACACCAUUGUUGCGCCGACAAUUUCCAUCAUAUUGGCUGGCCGCUAUAGCAAUGAAGCAGAUCCUCAUGAGAAAUUCUUGCGGACAAUGCGAGGAACACAAGGUGCUCUCAUCAUUGCAUCGACAAUCCAGAUCAUACUUGGUUUCAGUGGUCUCUGGCGCAAUGUAGUUAGACUUCUUAGUCCAUUGUCUGCUGUUCCUUUGAUCUCACUUGCUGGAUUUGGCCUCUAUGAGCUUGGUUUUCCAGGGGUUGCAAAGUGCGUGGAAAUUGGGCUCCCAGAAAUCAUUCUACUGCUUGUAUUUUCUCAGUAUUUACCCCAUGUCAUACAUGUGGCAAAGCCCGUGUUCGACCGGUUUGCUGUGAUUUUCACCAUUGCUAUUGUGUGGCUGUAUGCAUACAUUCUAACUGCUAGUGGCGCAUACAAGAAUGCCCGGCCGAAGACACAAGUGCACUGUCGUGUUGAUCGCUCUGGAAUUAUCAGUGGAGCUCCAUGGAUAAGAGUUCCUUUCCCUUUUCAAUGGGGGGCUCCAACAUUUGAUGCUGGUGAAUCUUUUGCCAUGAUGAUGGCCUCAUUUGUUGCUCUUGUAGAGUCAACUGGGACCUUCAUUGCUGUGUCAAGAUAUGCAAGUGCGACUAUGAUACCUCCAUCAGUGCUUGGUCGUGGAAUUGGUUGGCAGGGUAUUGGUACUUUAAUAGGUGCAUUUUUCGGGACAGCCAAUGGAACUGCUGUAUCAGUGGAAAAUGCCGGUUUGCUAGCUUUGACACAUGUUGGCAGCCGGAGAGUAGUGCAAAUAUCUGCUGGCUUCAUGAUCUUCUUUUCUAUCCUUGGGAAAUUCGGAGCAAUCUUUGCGUCAAUUCCCUUACCAAUAUUCGCUGCACUGUAUUGCAUCUUCUUUGCAUAUAUUGGUGCCUGUGGUCUGAGCUUCCUUCAGUUCUGCAAUCUCAACAGCUUCAGGACCAAGUUCAUUGUGGGGUUCUCGUUCUUCAUGGGCUUAUCGGUUCCUCAGUACUUCAACGAGUAUACAUCGGUUGCCGGUUAUGGUCCAGUGCACACCGGCGCUCGAUGGUUCAAUGACAUGAUAAAUGUACCCUUCGCGUCAAAGCCGUUCGUCGCAGGGCUCAUUGCGUACUUCCUAGACAACACUAUCCAGAGGCGCGACAAUGGGGUGAGGAGAGACAGGGGAUACCACUGGUGGGACAAGUUCAGGAGCUUCAAGACGGACACCCGGAGCGAGGAGUUCUACUCUCUGCCGUUCAACUUGAACAAGUUCUUCCCUUCCGUGUGAUCCGCCUUAGCUCGGGUUCGGACCGCAGCAGAAUUGGGGGGGAGCUUCAGCUUCUACUUGUAUGGGGGCAUGUUUUUUCGAUGUUGGUUCGAUGGUUUUGUAAAUCUUAGGAUGGGUGAAUUUUGGCUGGUUGGGGGACUAAUCUGUCAUGCCACAUAUUAUUGCAUUUUGGUUCAGUACAGAGGUCAGGGAGGGGCUGCUGCUUCUGGUUGAUCUGUUGUUCUUGAA